UCGAUAGAAAAACACAAACUUGCUGUCGUGAGCACCGCAGUUCUGUUAUUUCCGUUUGAGAAGAAUGUGGAACAAAUAGUGAAAAUGGUGUACAUCGGUAGAGACGGGGUCGUCCGGGCCUCGCAACCCUGGGGCUUCGAGCGCAUCAAGGGUAUCGUAAGGGGUUUCUUUAACUUUUUGUUAAUGUUUUUCCGCACCAUGUUGGACUUCAACCUCGGUGCCGGAUCUAGCACUGGCAACCAGCGAGGCAGCGGUUCUGGAGGGGGCGGCGGUGGUCCACCGCGUCCCCCCCGACGCAACAUUGGCCGUCCGAUGACUCUGUCGGAUUGCACCAUCCCGGGCGGUGGAUGAUCUCGGUAAUGUGUCGAGGGUUGAAGUAACAAUUCUCCAUCGGCACAGUUGACUUCUAAACAGCGCAAUACGGGUAUCUGAAAGCUGGUUCCCGGGCCCCUUUCGUAUGACGGGCAAGUCUUAAACCUCUGCUACCAAACAAGGCGGAUUUGCCUCGAAGAAGAUAUCACGCGAUGCGCACAAUUUUUUCUUUCCAUUUUCAUUUCUAUGGUUGGUUUGUAGUUCAACUUUGUUUAUGGGUAGAACGCCAUCGCGGCAUUCCUUUUUCUAAUUGGACAUUUGGCAUUGAAGGUAACGGAUCAGUUGAAACAAAGUUUAUGAUUGAGUACAACUCUCUACCGUAAAGAAGAAGUAGCAAAUUCUGUAAUCCAAUUAUUUAGUUCAAGAAAGUUAGUGUUGACUAACCAGUAA